AUGGGCAAGGAUGAAGCUGACAGUAACCACCAAUAUCUCUUCUUCAAAAAAUCAAGGAGUCCUUCACUUUCGAAAAAGGAGUCCAAGAAAGUCUCGCCUUGCCACAGCAGGCUUGAAACCCCAUCCCAACCUGUUCUUGGUCCUGGAUGUGAGAAGGAAAAGGCCCUGGAGCUGCCCUGGACCUGGUUGGAGCACCAGCACCUUGACCACGAUAACCUCAAGCAAGCUGGUGAACUGCGCCAAAGGCUGGCCGACGAGAUUGAUGGCAUCAUAAGACCAGGCAGGACAACGAAAGCAGGCAAGAAGUGGGCAGAAAUUGACUCGGGGUGUAAAGGCAAUGGGGCAACAUACCGUAAACUGGAGGAGCUGCUGAAGACUCUCCAUGGGGAGGCAGACAAGGAGCAGGCCGGGCUUCUGCAGCGCCUCUUGGAGGAAGUGGAGGUGGAGAAGAGCUACUUCCUGUGCCACUUGCUAGAAGUACAUGGGCAUCCUUUAGUAGAAGACAAGAAGGACAAAGUUACAAAAGGGCCGGCUAAGUGGAGGUCAAAGAACUCUAAGAGCCAGGAUAUCCCUGAGUCCUUCAAGGAGAGAAAGCAAUUCGUAACACAUUACUAUUCAGAUUCUCAGAACCCUCCACCUAUGAAAAAGAGCAAACAGGGGUUGGAAAGCUCAUCUGAAAAGGAGGAUUCUGGGAAAAGCCCCCUCGGUUCUUCGCCAGUGGAAGAAAAGAGCAACAAGGGGGAUUUUUCUGAGACUUUACCUGAUGUGGGUUGGGAACUCCAGAGUUCUGAUCCAUCUCUGGAAAAGUUGUCUCCUUCCAGAUGUUCAGAGGACAACAUGGAAGACAUGAUGAGGAUUUGCUCGAGCUGCACAUGGUGCUGCUGGAACUGGAGGAUGUGGAGAAACAGAUCCAUGACCUACUCGACAAGCAGGCCCAGCUGCUGGAGCGAAGAACCGCAUUGGAAACAUCUUGUGCCUCUGUCUACAGAUCCAAGGUAAGCACGCAGCUUGGAAUUACCACUCCCAGGCCCUCUACGCCGUGUGUUUCUCUGUGCAGGGACCGUGCACCCAAGACUUUUUCAGCCAAGGUCUCCGUCAUCACGGACCUUGGGUGAACCAGCAGCAAAAGGCGAGAGCCUCUGGUGUUCGAGAUCCCAACCAGGAACCACUUCGCCCCUCUCCAUCAGACCAGAACAAACGCUGUGAUCGUCAGGGACUCCGUUGUGCAAAAUGUCCACAUCACUUCAACAAAGGGUAAGGUGCACACACAUUGUUUUUCUGGUGCUCGGGUCCUUGAUGUCGCUGCGCAGGUGUCCGGGAUCCUGUAGAAGGACGAGCGUAUUGGAGCGGUCGUGCUGCACGCGGGGGCGAACAACAUCAGGCUGCGGCAGACGGAGGUUCUGAAGAAGGACUUCGCCAGCCUGAUCGAGACGGUACGAGGCAGAUCACCCACCACGAAGAUCAUCGUCUCUGGACCUCUUCCCACAUACAGACGUGGAACUGAAAAGUUCAGUAGACUUCUUGCUUUAAAUGACUGGUUAGUUUCUUGGUGUAAUGAACAGAAUCUGGUGUUUGUUAAUAACUGGAAUCUGUUCUGGGAGCGUCCUGGGUUGUUUCGUCCUGAUGGCCUGCACCUCAGCAGCCUCGGAGCGGAACUGCUGUCAGACAACAUCUCCAAGAUGCUACACACCAAGUGACUACCUACCGUAAAUACAUCUUCCUACAAUAACAUUAACGUACAAUAACGUUCAUUAUAAUCGAUGUUCAAUUAAUAGUCCAACACCUGUAGUACAUACUAUAGAGACUGUGUUUGUUCCCCGAGCUAUACAAAUACAUAGAAAAGUUCGGAAAGGUUGUUUUAGUAACCUACAUAAUUAACAUAAAAUUAGAUCAUACUGAAUACACAUCCAGCACCUUUAAUCUGAAGUUAGGACUAUUAAACAUUAGAUCUCUUGCAUCUAAGCCUCUUAUUGGUAACAAAAUCAUUACUGAUCAGGAAUGUAAUUUAAUGUGUUUAACGGAAACUUAGAUUAAACCAAAUGAGUACAUAGCGUUAAAUGAAGCCAGUCCUCCUGGAUACAGUUAUCUACAUCAGCCUCGUUCAACUGGUAGAGGAGGAGGUGUUGGUCUCAUCCGUAGUCAAAAUCUAGGCGUCACACAUAAACCUAGUUAUAAAUUAAAUUCUUUUGAAAUUUUUUAUACCAGUAUAACUUAUGUAGCCACAAAAAAUUAGUCAAUUCCUCUAAUUAUUAUUUACAGUCCCCCAGGGCCAUAUACGGAAUUUCUUAGUGAAUUUGCAGACUUUAUCUCAAACCAGGUUGUUUCUGUAGAUAAAGCAUUAAUCGUCUGUGAUUUUAAUAUUCAUUUUGAUAACCCAGAAGCCCCUCUGCGAACAGCGGUUGUGUCCAUCUUAGAUUCAGUAGGGGUUAAUCAGAGCGUAA